AUGUCGGUGGCGGCAGGCGUCAGCGAUGCGGCGAUUGCGAUCCGGGAGAAGCUUCGAGGAAGGAUCGCGCAGACGAAGGUGAAGCGGUACUGGCCGGGAAAGGCGCCGGAAUGGGCGGACGACGCGGAGGAGGCGCGCGGGGGCGUGUUCGGGGAACCGGAGGACGAGCGGGAAGAAAUCGGGGACCGGCUGACGCGCGUUAGGGUUUCCGAGAACGACGCGCGGCUCCGGCGAUUAGGAGAAAGCCGGCGCGACAGGGAGGAGGCCGUGGCGCGGCAUCGGGAGAUCCGUGCGGCGGAGAUUGUCUCGACGCGGGAGGAGGAGGAGAGGAAGCAGCAGGAGCGCGAGGAGGAGGAGGAGGAAGAGGAGGAUGAAGACGCGAUCGAGGAGCGACGGCGGAGGAUACGCGAGAGGCUGUUGCAACGGCAGAGGGAGGAGGAGGAGCUAGCAGCGUUAGGGGAGGGCGAGGAGGAGGAGGAAGAGGAGGAAGAAGAGGAGGAAUCGUCUGAGUAUGAGACAGAUUCGGAGGAGGAAGGGGGCGGUAUGGCUAUGAUAAAGCCUGUAUUCGUUCCCAAGGGCGAGCGCGACACGGUUGCGGAGCGCGAGCGCGUGGAGCAGGAGGAGCGCGAUUUGGAGGAGGCGGUGCGGCGGCGCGUGGAGGAGCGCAAGGCGGAGACGCGGCGGCUCGUGGUGGACGACGUGCGGCGCGAGGAGGAGAAGGAGCAGCGGCGCGCGGAGGACGGCGGCGGCGCGGAGGGUGACGGCGCGGGGGCGGCGGCGGAAGACGUGGAGACGGACGACGAGAUGGACGCGGAGGAGGAGUUCGAGCGGUGGCGCGCGCGCGAGAAGGCGCGCGUGCGGCGCGAGCGCGAGGAGCGCGACGCCGUGGCGCGGGAGAAGGAAGAACGCGAGCGGAUAUCACGCAUGACCGAGGAGGAGCGGCGCGAGUGGGAGCGGCGCAACCCCAAGGCGGCGCCCGCGGGCAAGACGAAAACGAAAUGGAAGUUCAUGCAGAAAUACUACCACAAGGGCGCGUUCUUCCAGGCUGGCGCGGACGACAAGGGCGGCACGGCCGGCACGGACGAGAUCUUCACACGGGAUUACUCGGAGGCCACUGGGGAGGACCGGCUGGACAAGAGCGUGCUGCCCGCCGCCAUGCAGCUCCUCUGCUCCUCUUCCCAUGCUUGCUUCCUCUCUUUGUUUCCUCUCCCCACACCAUCUCAACUCCUCCCUCUCAUCCCCAUGUCCCGUGUGCCUGUGUGUGUGCCUGUGCGCCCUGCGUGCCAUGCUGUGCCAUGCGGUGCUGUGCGGUGGUGGGUGUGUGGAGAGCAGGUGAAGCACUUUGGGCGCAGUGGGCGGAGCAAGUGGACGCAUCUGGUGAACGAGGACACCACCCAGCAGGACUCCCCGUCAGUACCUCCUGCCUUCAACCCCACUCCUCCUGCCCCCAUUCCUUGCCGCCAUUCCCUGCCCCCACUCCCCACUCCCUGUCCGCUUCACUCUCCAUCAUCGAUUGCUUCCGCAUUCCGAACAUGCCUGUUUUCUGACUUUCAACCAUACCCACACAUCCACGGUGCUUUGCGCCUCGCCACGACCCUUCUUUCCUUGGCUUCUCCCUCUCGCCCCGGGCAGGUGGGCAUACAACGAUGUGUUGAAGGCGAGGUACAACAACAAUAUGACGGCCAGGGCAGUGGGCAGGCGAGCCAGGGCAGUGGGCAGGCGAGCCUGCGCAUCUGCAUUCGCUUGUGCCUCACCCCCACCACCCCCUCAUCUCUCACUCCCCUUCCUCCCCUCCCCUUCCCGGGUAGGUGGGCAUACAACGAUGCGUUGAGGGCGCGGUACAACAACAAGAUGGCCGGGAUGGACAAGCCGCUGGAGAAGCCCAAGGGCAGCAAGAAGCUAAAGAACGCACUGCAGAACCCGUGA